CACUGCUGUGUGUUACACUGAAAUCUGUCCGGAGGAAGUUGUGCACACGGCCUUGUCACAAAAGAAAUGGCGAGCGGAAUCGGCAAACACAAGAUACUGAAUGUGGGGCCAACAGAGCCCUGGUCCGUCAGGGAGAAGCUGUGCCUGGCCUCCUCUGUUAUGAGGAGUGGUGACCAAAACUGGGUUUCUGUAAGUAGAGCCAUCAAGCCUUUCUCAGAGCCUGGCCGUCCACCAGACUGGUUCUCACAAAAGCACUGUGCGUCACAAUACUCGGAGCUACUGGAGGCCACAGAAGCACCUAAGCGUAAGCGUGGGGAGAAAGGGGAGGUGGUCGAAACCAUCGAAGACGUCAUUGUUAGAAGGCUAACCGCUGAGAGGAUAGAGGAACUAAAGAAAUUACUGAGAGACACACAGGAGCAGUACAGGAAGUUGAAGAAGGAGGUGGAUCUGAUACAAACAGGUCACAUGGACUCCCAGCUGAAGGAGCUGUGGACAGAGAUCACAAUAAAGAAGAAGCAGGAUGAGGAGGAAGCAGAACAGAAGAGGAAAGCCACAGAAACAGCAUACCAAGUUCGACAGGCUAUGAAAAACACCCCUAAGCGGCAGCCCAGUGUUACUGUACGUUCUCCCCUGGGUGCGAGUCCACCCACCGUGGACUCUCAGGGGGACGCUUCAGUCCAGACACCGCCCAUGGAUACUGGAGCAGUGACCUCUGAGGACACCACCACCAAAACCCACUCAGUGGCCCAGGGGGUAGGAGUGUUUCUUCCAGUGAUGGAUGCUCCAGGCCCGGGGCCGAAGGAUGGAGGCCUGGCUGCUCUAGUAGACGAUACACCGCAAAAAAGACUCAUCGCCCAGAAGGCCACACCGCCACCAUCACCUCUCCUGUCAGAACUGCUGAAAAAAGGCAACCUCAUCUCCGCCAGCCCCCGUCUGGUUGGGGAGGGAGACUGCACAGGGAGCCUUACUAAUGGAGUGCAGACGGCCACCGUCACCACUGCUUUACCAGCCAGUCAUGAGGUCAUCACAGUGGGUGAAGCUGAAGUGAAAGUAGAGCUGGGAGAGGAGACGGGAUUAGUGGAAGAGGACCUUGUAGCUGUGUCCUACAUGGGAGAUGAAUUGGACCUGGAGACAGUGGGAGACAUUAUUGCCAUCAUCGAGGAGAAGGUCGAUGACUCUGUGGAGGCUUUGGAUGCAGCAGCAGUGGAAGCCGCUCUCUCUCUCUGUGAAGAGGCCGUCUCAGAGGGACACACCCUUCCUGGCCCGUGGGAGACCCAGGAGCUGAAGGCUUCAGACCCAGCACCCCCAAUUCCAGACUCUGAUCCUACACAGGAGCCUCAGAAUGUGACCCCAGUGUCCGCCUUAAUCCCUUCAGGCAUAGAGACCUCGAAUCAACCAGAAACUAAAAGAGAAGAGCAGCUUCAGGGAAACUGCCAAGGACAUGAAGUGACAGGAAGUGAUGUCACUUCUUCUGUCAACUGUAAUGACAGAGCUUCAGGGAACGAGGUUAUGGAGGAGGGGUUGGCAGGUAGGGAAGUCACUGAAGCAACAGUGAAGAGUGAAGGAGAGGAAUGGUGCCAGCCGGAGCCCAACCCUCCUUGUCUGGACUCUGAGGACAGCUCAGUGUCUGGGAAAGAGUCCAAGGAGGUGAAGGAGGAAGACGUAGGCAGCGAAGGUGACCCAGAUGAAGGAAUGGAGCUGAAGGAGGAAUGUGGGGAGGGGGAUGGUCCCUAUCUGUCUGAGGUGGAGCGGGCAGCUAGCGAGAGUGAAGACGGAUAUGGACCUCCCUCCCAACGCUACACAGUAGAUUCACUGGCCAGCAGCCCGGCCUCUUCCUCUCAGCUAUCUACUUGCGGCGAGGACCAAGAGGCUGUCCAGGCUCAGAAGAUCUGGAAGAAAGCCAUUAUGCUGGUGUGGAGAGCUGCAGCCAACCACAGGUAUGCGAGUGUCUUCCUGCAGCCUGUGUCAGAUGACAUUGCACCUGGUUACCAUAGCAUCGUACACAGACCUAUGGACCUGUCAGCCAUUAAGAAGAACAUCGAGUCUGGUGUGAUCCGCACAACGGCUGAGUUCCAGCGUGACAUCAUGCUGAUGUUUCAGAACGCCGUCAUGUACAACUCUUCAGACCACGAUGUGUACCACAUGGCGCUGGAGAUGCAACGUGACGUCCUGGAGCAUGUCCAGCAGUUCCUCGCCACCCAGCUCAUCAUGCAGACUUCGGAGAGCGCCAUCUCCGCCAAGAGCCUCCGCGGGCGGGAGGGGAAUCGUAAGCCAGGAGAGCCGGCUGAGAAGGACGGAGGCACCAGGGGUCGCCGUAGUGCCAUGGAGGCUGACCUCAAAAUGAAGAAAUAGAUUUUUCAGAACGAGCCACCACGAGAGAAAAAGCGCUGCUCUUUGGAUCAGGGGACAUGGAGCUUUAUAUGUUCUGGUCCCUUGGAUUGUUUUCUAAGGAGGUGUGUGUGUAUGUGUGAGUACAACGAUCCGACUUAGGCAUAGGUAAGGGUAUAUGUGGACGAGUAUGUCUGUUGCUGCAUCAAGCCUCCUCUUAAUCACGUCAUAUGAUUGGUUUAUGUUCAGCUCACCACCUCCUCUUAGUAUCAUUUCACCAGCGAAGGUAGAACUUCAUCAUUUCACUUUACUGAGGAGCUGCAGCACAGAGAACAGAAUCACCAGCAAAAGUUUGUUUGGGAUGAGGUGAUAGAGGCCAGAGGAUUUGAUCUUUUCUGAAUCAUGGAUGUAUAAAACUCAUCCUGCACCCGAAUGCAGCCAAGAUACCCGGUCGACAUCAUUACAUCACUUUUAGAAUUUGAAUGUGAGCUCCACAUAAAAGCUAUCGAGAAACCUUAAUAACUGGAUUUAUUUUAUUCUUUUUUUGUAAAUGUGAGUAAGGAUGAGUGUCUCCUUAGUUAGAAACGAAUGAGGUCAUUGAUCUGGUGUUUGUUUAGUCAUGGUGAGAAAGCGCCUGUGUGUUGUCCAUGUGAUUGCCCGUUAACUGCAAAGUUUGUAGAUGAACUACUGACCUUCACAACUCCCCUACAUUGAAGUCAGAACUCUUCUAUAUUAGCCUCAUAACUAGCAGAGAGGUGAAUCUAUCAAUUAAGAAACACCUUGCUAUUAGUUAAAGUGACAUCAACAGUUGGUGGUUGAUUUGCGCCCCAUGUGAGGACGCUCUUUCCUCCAGGCGGGGGGCCCGGGUUCGAAUUGGACCUGUGGCUCCUUCCCCCCGCAUGUUAUUCCCCACUCUCUCCCUGAUUUCUGACUCUUAGCGACUGUCCUGUCUCUCCAACAAAAAGGCAUAAAAAGCCCCAAAAUAAAUCUGAACUGCAUUCCAACACACAACGAAGUGUUUUGUCCAAAUGCUGAAUUAGCUUUCUGUUAUUGAAGUGUUUAAAUGCAUAUGGACUUGUGUGUUGACCCUGAGAUUGCUCUCGAGUAGCAGAAAUGAACAUCCCUGAUGUCCAGGGGUGCUGAAUGCACCAAGGGAAUUUAAGUAACAGAAAAUCUUACUAAGGUGUUCUAUGAUGUAACCGUGAUAAAACAUUAAGAAAGAAGAAACAUGUUCUCUUAACACAAACCUCCAAUAAAAGUUGUUGUGAAAUGAAUGGAUACAAAUUAAAGGCCUGACACACCAAGGAGAUCGCUCACUGUCGCUCCUAGUUGCACCGUCAGUGAGUGAUCGUUACUCUAGUUUUUGCAGUGUGUCUGGUUCCAUCGCUACCCGUCUGCCUUUUUAUGGCCGAUUGGACAUGUUUAAUCGACGUUGGUCCACGCUUUCACCAUAUUUGUCGCCUCUUCUGUUCUUUUUCCACUAAAAGACCAAGGGCUGACAAUGCCAGUGUCAGUUUCAACUUUUUAUCAGACAUUAUUCUCAAUCAGUAUGCUAACUAUUAUACGAGUGGUGAGAGGUGUCAGAGGUGUGAAAAUGGUCUUCUAGUAUCAUAACAACAUACUACUUCUGCCUGCUGGCCUUCCUUGGAUCUAUCUCAGAUCUUAAGAAAUUGAUUGAAAUAGAUAUAAACAAAUGUGUUGCCUUGACUGUUAUCAAACUUUAAGAAAAUGUUUUUCUCACAGUUGAACAAAAGCCUUUAUUGACCAGAAUCCUUGGAAAAAUCCAAGCAUAUAUCCUUGGAAAAUGAUAUAUGCUCAUUUCAGUGGAUAUUAUGGGGCUCUAAAACAAAAUGCUUUUUAAGGUAGAUACUCAGAAAAUCCCUCUGAAAACUCAAACGAAUCCCUGACAAAAUAGUGUUGAGUAAUGUUGAAUACAGUUAAGUGUGUUAAUGGGCUGAAAUAGAUGUGGAUAGUUGUUGCUGGAUUCUUAUCCGUUCAUCACUUAGGACGUAGCCAGUGUGCUGAUCGUGUAAAGAACGUGUUUGUGCUGCGUUAGAAGGGAGUAUAAAAACCAUGUUUUGUACCUGUGAGAUGGAUCAGUUUUGUGUCUGGGUAGCCAAUACAUGCAUCAUGUUUUCUGUUGUACAUUUGUUAAAUAAAUAAGUUUAUUUGAUCUAAACCUGAAA